AUGGGAAACAUUUUUGGUCGUGAGACAGAGGCAAGCCCGCCACCUCGUGAGCUACCUCCCGUGUUGGCGGCAACAAGACAACCAUUAUACCAUGGAAGAGAUCUUCCUUACGAGGACCCGUUCCAGAAUCGUGAAGUACCACAGAUUCAGGGCCCUCGUCCUUGCGUAUUUUAUGCUCGCGGAGCAUGUUUCCGGGGAACGGCCUGUCGAUUCUCGCACGAAGGAGCUGUUGAUACAUCUUCGACAAAGAAGUCACAAAAGCCUUGCCGUUUCUUCAUGCGUGGUCAUUGCAGGCGUGGAGAAGCCUGCAACUUCUCCCAUGAACAAUCCUCUGUUCAGGAAGCGACAAAGGCAAUAAAGGAUGAUGACUGUGCUGAAAGCUGGGUUCGUGAGCUUGGAGGCGCCUGGGUCAAGUUUGGAGACGGAGCGGCAAUCAUAGAUGUGUCACUCCCUUCAGACUUUUCCGCCAUUCAGAUACGCAAUCUCCCGACCACUGCCUCAGCAUACUUCAUUAGAGAUUUGCUUUCUGAAGUUGGUAUUCCCGUAUUAAUAAGCGAUAUACGAUAUAUAAAACCCAAGGAUAUGCCAAAUGGCUUUGCUACUGUCAAAGUUAAAGACCCGGAAUUUGCAAAGACCGCAUGUUCGCGACUACAAACCGUCAUUGAACCCCCAGGCCUAGAAGUCAGCUCUAUGCGUGUUCCAAUCCCUCCAGGUUUCCACUUUGGCCAGGUUGAUAACAGGCAAGUUCGUUGUUCAUGGCAUCGGCCCACCAGAACAUCCAGUUUAUACUUUACAAACAGGAAAGCCGCAAGCCGAUCAUUCUAUAAAUUCAAAUGCGAACAGUACAAAAUCAACGGCAUGAAAGCUACGGUGCAGUCGCUUAUUGCAGAGCAUCCGGGUCAACAGAAUGGGAGGUGGAAGAUCGAUUUAGUUGGAAUGAGUGCUAGCAUUACGGAGGACGAUAUCGCUUCUGCCUUUCCUUCGUUUGAAAAGCCUUGCUCGAUUACUAUCGGAGAUCUGAGUUAUGAGAUGGACAUAGAAAUGGAUUCGACUUUGGUCAAGUCCAUGCUAUACGAGAAAGGCGAGUUGGAAAAAUGGAACGUUUCUGACAGUUCUACCGCCAAACGGAUCAAAGCCCAGGCAACCUUUAUGGAAGAAUGCCAUGCACAAGCUGCCGCCUCUUCCCUCGAUGGAACAGAGUUACCAUUCAACCAUACCGGCAAGCUUUUCGUCCAACUCAUUACUUCCGUCAAAUUCAAGGUAUCAGCUCGCGUUUACGAUGCCGUGAAGAAGACAAUUGAUUCACACAAAUCCAAUUGGAAUCGACAGUUCAUACGUUAUUCCGCCCUACCUGAGCGCGGAUUUAACCGAAUCCUCAAAAUCGAGGGUGAGGAUCGUCAGCUAGUCGCCCAGGCCAAAAGAGAUUUAGAGAAAGUCAUUACUGGCACUGUUUUGACAAUGGACGGAAAGAAUAUUUGGUACUCCAACCUCAAGAUCAGCAAGAAUGCUUACAAGAAGCUUCAGAAAAUCGAGCGAGACCUUGAGGUCGUUAUCAUUCGCGAUAUACGAGCCUCGAACUUCCGGGCUUUUGGCCCUGAGGGUCGUUUAGCACAAGCUGCUGAAGCCCUGCAGCAACUCAUCAACGAAUUAAAAUCAGGCGACCAUGCCAUCAAGAAAGCAGUUUCUACAGUCAAAAGACAACAACUUGAGCCCGAUUGCCCAAUCUGCUUUGAAGAAGCCGAAGAAUCAUUGGAGACUUCCUGUGGCCAUAUCUAUUGUAGUCUUUGCUUUUUCAACAUGUGUCAAGCAGAAGCAUCAACGUCGGGUGAUUUCUCAAUCGGCUGUAUGGGGAACUCUGGAACCUGCGGAAAAAUCAUCCAAAUCUCAGAGCUUCAGACACUCAUUCUCUCCGAAACCUUCGAGAACAUCCUUGAGGCUUCUUUUGCCUCAUUCAUACGACGCCAUCCAGCUGAAUUUCGGUAUUGCCCGACGCCGGAUUGCGAUCAAGUCUACCGAGUCUCUUCCCCGGGAAAGCUUCCAUCCACGUUUACAUGUGCCAGAUGCUUUACUCCUACUUGUACGGCCUGUCACGAUUCACACCUAGGAAUAUCCUGUGCAAAGCACAAAGGCAAUGGUUCUGAGGAUAUCGAGGAGCUCAUCAAAGCUAAGGAGGAUCUAGGUGCGAAAGAUUGUCCCAAAUGCACUACAGCUCUCCAGAAAGCCGAGGGAUGUAACCAUAUGACUUGUCUAGCUUGUGGAACGCACAUCUGCUGGGUGUGUAUGGCAACAUUCACAGAAGGGAGUGAUUGCUACAGACACAUGGGUCAGUUCCAUGGCAGCUUUGUGUAG